AUGGGGGAGACGGGGGAGGGUGGAGAGAGGUGGCGGGAAGCGGCGGCGGAAAGGGAGAGCGGAGGGGCAGCAGGCGCGGAAGGGAGUGGUGGCAGCGGAAGCGGGGCGAAGUUUCCUGUGCGGUCGAAGCAGUUCAGCGCGGAUAUCGAGGGCACGGCAACCACGUUUCUCUGCCUCUCAUACGACGACCGCCUCAUGGUGGUGGUGACUCAGAUCGGCACACUUGGCAGCAUGCUGUAUGCCAGGCGGGAGCAAGUGGGGGGGGCGGAAGGGAGAGGGCAGAUGGAAGGGAUGGAGGGGAGCUCUGUGUUCAACGUGUCAGUGCUGCUGGGGAGACGGGACGAGCCACUGAUGGCAGCUUGUGCUCGCCACCUGAUAGAGACACUCAGCCAACAGGGAGUGACGCGUCCGCUGCUGCUAUGCCUGGGGCUCAAGAGUCAUUCGCAG